AGAUGUUGGAAGUUGCACUAUACCUAAGGUCGAUGUUGCUCUAGAUGAAGCUGCGCCCCACGCGCAUUUUCUGACUACUUUUUGAAGAUUAGAAAUAACUACUACGACGCCCUGAGGCAGUCUGCACUGAAUCUAGUGCGAUAUUUAUUGUAUUGAUGUAUCUAUUGUACUAUGUAUAACUAUCUUGUCAGUUUCAUCACCAUCACCAAAGAAAGCAUGGCCGCCGCCAGCGGAUUGUCUUUCGUUGUCGGCGAGCUGCCCGCUGCGGUGACUCGCGAAUAAUUUUUUGCCACUGCGCAAGUCGACGCGUUUCUGUUCGAGUAUGCGCCAACAUUAAGGCUUCCGCAGAAGCACGUCUGAGACGGUCUCCUUAGUUAACUGCUUACACCAUGAUCUCAGAGAUUUUCAACAAACGUACCGCUUUAGAGAAGGAGCAGGCUGGGAAGAAGAAAGGCAAGAAAAGACUGGAAUAAAGAUUGGUCUGAACAAGGCUGGAGGAUCCUCAUCUAAGGUGAAGAAGGUGGUGAGAAAACGGGAAUCGAAAAGACGACUAGAGUGUGGAUGUCCUUUCCUGACACGACUGGAUAUUAUUCUCAAUCAUCCACGAAAAUUGAUCAGGCAUAUGACAUAAUUGAGGACCUUCAGGAGGACCUCCAGGAAUCUCUACUGUAAUAUCAGGACCAUAAAGUUAAAGCACGCGUUCUCGUGAACACUGAACCCCAUGUUGACUCAAAGUUGUUAAAAAUAUAUAAAUAUGACUUCUUCAAAUGGAAUCAGUUGCGCUCGGUUUAACUGUUGUCU